CAAAUUAAUCCGUAAGUUUAAUAACAGUUCUUAAUAUGGACGAUCAGAGUUACGAUGACUGCUCUGCUCGCCGGAAUUGUGGUCUAAUUUUCUGUUUAGAAUUAGUGAGAAGUGUGAGAAGCCCUGAUAUUAUUCUAUACAGUACUUACUUUACUCUCCCUGCCUGGUCUGUUUCUCUCUAGCAGUUAAGGCCAAUCUCACUCUGGCUUUGCCACAGAACCCCACUGGUAUCAUGGCAUCGAUCAUUGACCUUCGUUUUGAGCACUACCACCCCGGGCCUACACAGCUGCUGGUAACUCAGGACACCGCGCCGCGCCUGUCGUGGACAUUCCAGAACGCUUCCAGUGCCUUUUCUCCGCAAAGCUACGACAUUGAAGUCUCGAAAGAGAGCUCUGGCUCAACCCUCGAGCUCCUCUGCACAGUGCGGCGCGCGUCCUCACUAUCUCAUCUUGUUCCAUGGCCGCUUGAUCGACAUCUCCGCGCGCGAGAGAAGAUCUCAGUGCGAGUUCGGGUAUGGGAUUCGGCAGGACAAGACACGCCCUGGAGCGCACCAGCCCGCCUCGAGAUUGGCCUUCUCAGCCAUGCAGACUGGCAAUGUGAGCGCAUCGCGGCGCCAUGGGCAUCUGACACCACGGUAUCGGACCCGGAACAGUUGUUUCGCCAGGAAUUUUCCCUGCCGGCGGCUAGCAUAGUGGGUACCAUCGAUCAGGCGCGGCUCUACAUCACUGCGCAAGGAGUCUACGAAGCCGAGAUCAACGGCCAGCGUGUAGGCGACAUUUUCAUGGCGCCUGGCUGGACCGCCUACGAUGCUCGCCUCCCCUACCAGACCUAUGAUGUAACGUCCCUCCUGGCAGGCGGCGUCAACUGUCUAGGCGUGCGUGUUGCGGAGGGAUGGUUCUCAGGGCGCAUUGGUUUUGAGGGUGGCCAUCGAAAUAUCUGGGGGCCACACACGGCCUUGAUGGCUCAGCUGGAGAUCCGCUAUGUCGAUGGCCGAGAGGAACGCAUUGUGACCGACGGCUCAUGGCAGGUGACGCGAGGACCAAUUCGCCUGGCCGAAAUCUACGAUGGAGAGAAGUAUGAUGCUACGCUCGAGGUUCCGGGCUGGUCGUCACCAGCGGCUUCCGCGUCAAUAACAAGCAGUCUGGAAAACAGUGCUGAAAUAAGCGUAGUCGCCCGCUGGGAACCAGUCGUGGUGAUGGAUUUCCUGCCAGCCACCACUAAUCUCACAACGGGCUUUACCGAGCCGGUGAGGCGUAUUGAGGAGGUCAAUCCGGUGCAACGCAUCACCACGCCAGCUGGCAAAACCGUCCUUGACUUCGGUCAGAAUCUCGUCGGCUAUGUUCGUCUAAAGAAUAUUAUAGGACCGCGCGGCCACCAAAUCACCCUCUCGCACGUCGAAGUACUAGAGGACGGGGAGAUCGCAACGCGACCUCUGCGCGUCUGCAAGGCUAUCGAUGUCUACACACUUAAGGGUGAUGCAAGCGGCGAACAUUACGAACCUCGGUUCACUUUCCACGGUUUCCGCUAUGUGCAGGUGGACGGGUGGGAUGAUACAGUCGACCUGAGCGCCUCCAUUAAAGCCGUUGUCUGUCACACGGACAUGAGGAGCGCCGGCACCUUCGAUUGCUCUGAUCCCUUGCUUAACAAGUUAUACCAAAAUAUCCGGUGGGGCAUGCGUGGUAACUUCCUUUCCGUACCGACCGACUGCCCGCAGCGCGAUGAAAGACUGGGCUGGUCUGGCGAUCUGGCCUUGUUUGCCCCAGCUGCAACCCUGAUCUACGACUGCUUCGGUAUGUUGAAGAAUUGGCUGGUAGAUGUCGAAUACGACCAGAAGGUACUAGGCGGCGUCCCAGCAAUGGUGACGCCCAACUCAACCAUUGUCGACCCGGUUUGGUGUCGACGGAAGCCAUGUGCCGUGUGGCAUGAUGUGACCAUAUUAGCCCCGUGGGAACUAUACAGCGAGACAGGAGAUGCGACGAUUCUAGCACAGCAGUACUCCAGCAUGACGACGUGGAUAGACAUUGUGCCCCGCUGCAAAAAUGGUACAACCCACUUAUGGGACCCAUCGAUAUUCCAACUUGGGGACUGGCUUGACCCUGCUGCUCCGGCCGAUGCGCCGUGGAAAUCAGCAACCGACGCCCAGCUCGUCGCUAAUGCCUUUCUUGUCCACAGUCUAGACCUCAUGGUUCUUAUCUCACGCAUUGUCGGCCAAACCGCCGACUGCGCAAAGUUCUCUAGCGACGCUCUCGCUACACGUCAGGACUUCCAGAACGAGUAUGUGUCACCCAACGGUCGGCUCAUCUCCGACUCUCAAACAGCCUACGCCCUCGCGAUCUGCUUCGACCUGCUCACACCUACACAAGCAGUGGUCGCCGGCAAUCGUCUCAAGUAUCUCGUUCACAAGAACGGAUUCAGGAUCGGUACCGGAUUCGCUGGCACACCAUUCUUGUGCGAGGCCCUUGCACGGACGGGCCAUACGAAUAUAGCGUACGCAAUGCUCCUCGAAAAGACGUGCCCCUCCUGGCUGUAUCCCGUGACAAUGGAUGCAACAACCAUGUGGGAGCGCUGGGACAGCUUACUACCCGACGGGUCAGUGAACCCUGGCGACAUGACAAGCUUUAAUCACUACGCUUUUGGUGCCGUCGCAACGUUUCUCCACGGGCGUGUUGCAGGGCUUCGGCGCUUGGCGCCUGGAUGGACAAAAUGCUGCUUUGCGCCUUUGAUUGGAGCAGAGUUCGACAGGGCCAUCGUGGAACAUGUUACGCCUUUCGGCCUUGUUUCGUGCACGUGGGAGACGAAGCAAGAUGGCUACGGGAUGAAUACGAUAGAGAUGCGGGCUUUGGUGCCAUACGGUGUGACCUUAGAGGUUGUAGUGCCGCAAGAGACGGGUGAGAAGACAGAGACCGUAGGAAUGGGCGAGUGGGUAUUUAAGUCGAGGUUUAGCAGGGACUAUGAGUGGCCAAUUAAGCCAUUGCCACCAAAGUCAUAGAUCUAGAAAACAAUUAUAGUAUAUUCUUAGCAUAUAGGCAGUACAGAGAGCUGCUGAGGUGCCACUAGAUCCUGC